AGCUGUCUCCACUGUAUUUCUGUGUCUUUAUUUAGUCCUUCCUGUUAUCUGGCCAGUGAAGCGACGCUUUGCGUGGAGGACGGAAGGGAGGGUGGAAGGGUGAGCUGUCAGAAGGACUGCUGGACAGGUUGGUCAGUUUCUUUACCCUGCCAAGUCAUCUGUCCAUCACUGUGGUAGAGCUGCCUGCAUCCUGUGGAUUUAUCUCUGUUUAAGACUGUGAGUGACACCUGGGAAGGCGAGGAGAAACCUGAGAGACAGGAGGCAGGAGGCUGCUCAAAUCCCCUCCUCACCUCGCCUCUCACUCCCUCCAUCUAUCCAUCCAUCCAUCCUCUGUGUGUGUGUAGAUGACCUCUGCUCUUCUAGUCAACUACUCAGCAUCAUGAACAAGAUGAAGAACUUUAAGAGACGUUUCUCUUUGUCGGUUCCUCGGACUGAGACAAUUGAAGAAAAUGAGUUCACUGAGCAGAUCAACCAGCUCAACAUACGGCACACUCAGGGCCUGACUCCAGACAGACUGGGUCCUCCAUCUCAUGAUGUCAGCCCAGUCAGCCCUGAACCAACCACUCCAGGAGCUCAGUCUCCAUCCCACCUCCACUACCACAGCAAGGCCCAGCACAGACGCUUCUCCAUGGAGGACGUUAGUAAGCGUAUGUCCCUGCCAAUGGACAUCCGCCUGCCUCCAGAGUUUCUGAAGAAGUUGCAGAUGGAGAAUGAAAACUCACCGCUCUGCAAACCUCUCAGUCGCAUGUCUCGACGCGCCUCACUGUCUGAUAUAGGAUUUGGGAAACUGGAAACAUACGUUAAGCUUGGCAAACUGGGUGAGGGGACAUAUGCUACAGUCUUUAAAGGGCGGAGCAAACUCACUGAGAACCUGGUUGCACUGAAGGAGAUCCGGCUGGAGCACGAUGAGGGGGCACCUUGCACUGCUAUCAGAGAAGUGUCUCUGCUAAAGAACCUGAAGCACGCUAACAUUGUCACCCUGCAUGACAUCAUCCACACCGACCGCUGCCUUACUCUAGUGUUUGAGUAUCUUGACAGUGAUCUUAAACAGUACUUGGACAACUGUGGGAACCUCAUGAGCAUGCAUAAUGUCAAGAUCUUCAUGUUCCAGCUGCUGCGUGGUCUGUCCUAUUGUCACAAGAGAAAAAUCCUCCACAGAGACCUAAAGCCUCAGAACCUGCUCAUCAAUGAUAAGGGCGAAUUGAAGUUAGCUGAUUUUGGUCUGGCCAGGGCCAAGUCCGUCCCCACUAAGACCUAUUCCAAUGAGGUGGUAACGCUUUGGUAUCGACCUCCUGACGUGCUGCUAGGCUCUACAGAAUAUUCCACACCCAUCGACAUGUGGGGCGUAGGCUGCAUCCUGUAUGAGAUGGCAACAGGUCGUCCCAUGUUUCCUGGUGCCACUGUGAAGGAAGAACUACAUCUAAUUUUUAGGCUCAUGGGCACUCCGACAGAGGAGACCUGGCCUGGUAUCAGCAGUAAUGAGGAAUUUAUGUCCUACCUCUUUCCUCAGUACAGACCUCAAGCUCUCAUCAACCAUGUGCCCCGGUUGGACACAGAAGGGAUUGACCUGCUGUCUGCUCUGUUGCUGUAUGACACCCGGAGCAGACUCUCCUCUGAAACCGCUCUACGUCACCCCUACUUCCUGAGUCUGGGAGACAACAUCCAUAACUUGGCAGACACUGCUUCAGUGUUUUCUCUCAGAGAGGUGCAGCUCCAGAAGGACCCAGGACACCGCAGCUCAGUAUUCCAGCCUUUAGGUCGAGGAAAGAACCGAAGACAAAGCAUCUUCUAGAGAUCGUGGAGAGGAGGAAGAGAGACGCACGCAAAGCAGAAGACGGCGAGGAACUGCCUUUUCAGAUCACAACACCAAGGCCAUCGCAGCUCAGCACAUUCACAGCAUGUUCACCUGCACGGACAAACACGCACUCAUUUCCAUGGCAGCUGACCGUGGAGGCACACAGAGUUUCUGGAGACAAACUUGUAUUGCACUUGAAAUACCUUCUCUAUUCAUACAUAUUUGCACACAUUUGCACAAUCAGCUACACUGAACAUGCUGCCGUGAUGUAACUGGACACACGUGAGAUUCAUCCUCCCGACACGCACAUGCAUUUCAGCCUAAGAAGAAACGGAGCACUAAAUGAAACGCUCUGCUAUGCUAUACUUACACAGGCCUGCUUUACAUAGUGUUCAGAGCACACCCAGGGUUCUAGCCAUUCAAAGUAGCUGCUAUCACAACUGGAACAAUGGAUACAGUUGCAGGUGUGCGUGUCUUUGCCCUAACAGAAAUGCAAGUAUUGCAUUAUGUGUUGAGUUUGUUCUAGGUCAGUUGGUUUCUAAAUUAUUUUCUGGUUUUAUCUUACAAAACUUAUGGUCUAACACUGAUAUGUAGCUUAAAGACACAGUUUGGCAACCAAGGACCCUUAUGAAUCCUAAUUCUUCUCUCAGCUCAACAGUGAUUCACCAGGGAUUUGUAGUUUGAGGACAGGGUUAAAACUUAUACACCACCACUACCCACAGAAAAGGCUGACCAGAAACCAAAGAGAAUAGUCACAUUUUUUUCUGUUACUUGGAUUAUUGAUUUUGUGAUGUAAUUUGUUUAAACAUUGUGUAAAUAUAUAGUUAAUAUUUUAUUGUCAUACAAGACGUUCAUAUCAUGUUUUUAAGCCCCUUUGCUUUGCUAAUCUCAAAUUUUAAAAAACUGUAAUGUUAGAUAUAACUCUGGGUGCUGCUAGGCACUUGCUCAAUAACGGACUCGUAUGCAUUUGCAAAGUGUUUUGGUGAACUGAUGAGGCAAAAACAUUAUGUGGCUCACAGAAAAACACUCAGUAAGGCUUCAUGGUCAUUCAUUACUUUGCAUAAUGUGACGAGCUAUGCAUAAUGUGCAUUAGCUAGUGAUGGUUAGCUAUCCCAGCUAGCUAAAAACUUAUUCCAAAUCCCACUGACAUUUGUAAUUAUGCUAAUAGCUAAAAGUUUAUUCUGGAAGGGCAUCUUUUAAAAUGGCACGUGAUAGGCACACAGAUAUUAAAUUAGAUAUUUGAAGACUGAUAUAAUAUUAUUGCUCAAUAAUCAGUCUGUUUAACAGUGCAGGGUUGCAUGGCAGUUUUAGCAUGUAGUGGUCAAACCAUGUUCAGUUUCUGUGUUCACUGUGUGUUGCAGAAGGCGUUGAUGCUCUCUUGACUUUGUAAUGAAUAUAUACUUGUAGGUGCUGCUUUCAGUCUUGUGAGGUGCUUCUCUGCACUCUCGCUUACCUGACCAAGGAUUCAGCACGGCACUAAUCUGAAAUGCAGUCGCAAUUUACUUACACUUUGACAGCACAGUAAAUGGAUUUAAAUGGUGUGAGUUGCAUUUGACAGUUGAUUUUUACCGCUCAAGUUUAUGAAAAGCACCUGUAGAAUUGGAACGUUAACUUUAAGUGUUAUAUUAUCGAAGUAUUAGGGUUGCUAACAACAACAUAAGAUAUUUUGUUAUUAAAAUAUUCUUAUAGGGAAACCCACAGAUUAAAUAUAACUCUGUAUCUCACAUCACAUUAUCCUAUCCAAAAUCAUUUUAAAAUUCACUCAUGGUCAUUUUUAAUUGAGUAUGAGCCUCUGUCCCAUAGUUACAACUGGAGGUUCAGCUCUUCUGAACAAUAUGGCAACUGUGUUGACACAAUGGUCCAAUGAACAGAAGUAAGCAUUGCAGCAUCUACAUGUAUAUACCUUAUCUCAGCUGUUGUUAUUGAACAGAAUGGAAUCGGAUGUAUUGUGAUAUUACCUCCGACUUUCUUAGGCCCCAGUGUGGCAGCUAUGGGUUACUGUUAUCAUAUAACAGUCUUGAAGUUGUAGGCAUAGGGUCACACUGCUCAUUUGCAGUACCUCUGCCGUCAUGUAACAACCACUGAAGCUACCAUAAAAUCUGACUCCGUUGUGAACAUAAACCUGGAAACUGGAUAGACUCGCCUUGCUACAGUGCCCGUGUCUUCUCGUUGUGGGGGUAACAUUCCUUACAGUGUUAACAGCUGACUUUCACACCAGUUUUUUGAAGUUGCCUUAGUAAACUGUGCAUGAUAUUUUAGCUUGUGAAGAAAUUAUAUUUGCUUCAGUGUAUCCAAUGUGCUAGGAGGCAUUUAUUUUGUGUAUGUAAAUAACUCACUAUGGGUGUAUGUAUUUUUGUAGUUUCCUAUUUGCACAAGCCAGAAGUGUCCUCUGAAGCCUGUUCCCCUCCCUUUGUGUCUUUCCUUACACGGUUCCAAAGUAUGACCCCAUAUUUUACCAAACCCCCCAUUCCUAAACCAGUGAAUGGAGAAAAUAUGCCCUGUAGGUACUUUCUAGUAUCAGUUUAAUAGGGGUCACCACUACCCUUCAUAAUUUGCACAGCCUGUUGUUAGAGAGCAGCUUUUCACAGUAGAUUCACUAAACAAAAGUGCAUACAGUGAUAAGUACACUCAUCUGUUAAUAGACAGGUGAGAAUUUCACAACUGUGUUUUUAAUAGUUCCCAUGUGAUCAUUUGAGCCAAGAGCUUAUGUGUAUGUCCUGUUCAAUGAAUAUUAUCUGGAGACAAAAGUGAUAAUGGCUUUUGGAUAUUGAUACUCUCCUCUGUCCUUAAUUUGCUCUGACAUCUUGCCUGUCCUCUUCCUUCUUGUUCAGUGCUGCUGAGGUAUCCUCAUUAAAACCUCUGAUGAGGUGUUGAGGCAACUGAGGUAUUAUUAAUAGUUUUAGAUACACCGUUUGGUGCCCUUGGACACAUCAUCAGUGAUGUAACCUGAGGUCAUGGGGGGUUUCGGGUCUUUCAACAAUCAGACCCCCUCUGCCAGGCGACCCAGCUAGUGUUGAUCAAGCCCCAGCUUGUGGCCAGUUAGUGCUACCCUACAUGCCACGCCUCUCCUCUUCUGAUCCACAGCGACUUUGACGCCGCUUCUGCUGCGUUGGUGGCCAACUUGAUGGCCCUUCGCUGGCUGGCCCCUACGAUGCCCAGCAUUUUGUAUGCCCUGCAGAGGGAUUGACCCACGAAUCCUCAACAUCCCACUUCGAUGGCUUGGCAUCUGGCCAACCAUUACUCCGGCACUCCUCCACUAGCACAGAAUACUUUUCCCUCUUUCUCUCAUUGGCCUCCUCCAUACCAUCUUCCCAAGGCACAGUAAGCUCCAAGAGGAUUACGUGCUUGGAAUCAGCUGAGGUAAGAACGAUGUCUGGCCUCAGCGUUGUCUUGGCUACCACUUCAGGGAACUUUAACUGCUUUGCCAGAUCAGCUUUCAGUUCCCAAUCAUGUGCCGUUGCCAACAGGCCAGGGAAGGUGUUUCGGACUGCUGCUGCUGGCUUCUCCCCAGCUUUUAUGAAAGUGACCUGUAAAAAUCCUGUUUUAAAAUAGCUGAAAACCUCUCAUUAUUUAAAUUAAUUAAACCUAUCAACAGAAUGUGAACAAAUGACUACUUUACUUUACCCUCGGCUGAGACAGCAGAAAAAAGGAGUGCCAGUAAUUUUCAUAAACUUGCUCCUUGAAAUUGAUCUCUCCAUUGAAAAAGAAGAUAGGCAUUAUUUUGUGACACGUUCAAGGCCUAAGUAUGUGAUGUGUAUUAAAAAGGUCCAUAAAAUAUGUGAGAAUCUCAAAGACCACUGUACUCGGACCACUGCUCUCCUGCCUCGCGGUAUGUGGUCACCUCUGAGCUAAAGCGGUACUGAGUAAGCACUGGUUUUGAAACUUUCAGGGUGGUGCUUACACCGCUGAACGUUGCAGAUAUAUUAGGUUUUUUUUGUUUGUAGUUACCAGCCCGGCUGCCUUUGUAAGAAUUCAGCACUGUACGUAUGAGAGAAAGACAUGAAAAAGUAUUUCCCUCCUUCCUGUUUUUUUUUUUUUGAAUCCUUUUGCAUAUCUGUCACAUUUACAGGUUUCAGAUCAUCAAACAAGUUUUAAUAUUAAAAUAUUAAUAUAAUAUUAAUAUAAUAUUUUAAUAUUAGACAAAGACUGAUCCAAACCCAGUGUAAGGUUUAUGUCACAGCUUGCUAACAGUAUCAGUAAUUACCAACAGUUUUGUUUCUGUAACCCUUAAUCCACCAGUUUGUGCAACGUAUUUAAUCAAAAUCAUAUUUUUAAUACUACAGUAUAGUAAUUGUCAUUAUCUAUGAACUUUUAAAUUUACUAUUAUACAUAAAUCCAAAAAAAAUAAAAUAAAAAGCACAUUAUUAUUUUUGUAUUAAGAUAAAUUGUUAUAAUUUUUUGCUGAUAUUCAAGUACAAAAUUAGUUUUGGCGGUUGAAUGCUACACUUGAUUGAUGUCUGACUAAAGUCAAGUGUCGGCUCAAAUUUGAGUAUAAAAACAUGAAUUCAGUAAUAAAUAACAAUCACAUUUUUAGUUUUAAACGUGUUUUUAACAGAUAUCUAAAAUAUCUAAGAUAUCUAAAAUAAUUUUUAUGAAAGGUGGUCUAAAAAAUUGGUAAGCACUCUCCAUACAGUAAAUAGAUAUAGGAAGGCAACCCAGCAGCCUUUGUAAGGCUUUUGGUUGGGAGACCAGUCAUUGCAUUUUGAGCAGAAUGGCUCUAAAUCACUGCUGUGUAUUCGGACAACCAAUGUGGUCGUGCUUUAAACUUGCAUUCUUUCCUAAGGCCAGCUGUGAGCAAGUCCUCUAGUUGCAAAAAGAAAUGAUGGUCCCUGCUAAAGUGAAAAGGAAGAGCAAAGCUGGGAAUGCUGUAGGGCUGUGAUUGAUGUGUUGCUAUUGUAUAAGCUUCACGCAUUACAAUAACCUGAGGAUUAUGAUGGACUGUGAAGUGGAUGGGCUACUAUGUCACUGACAUUCUGGUGUACAUGUGAGUCUAGUUUUAAUAUAAUUUUAAUGCACAGUAACUGAUGUCACCACCAUGUGAUGUAGGUAGGUUGCUAAUGGUUGAUGGCUGUGUGCUGUUUUACUGAUGUCAAGGACAGUUUGAAUUCAUCCUGGCUGCUAAAAAGGACCAACCCUUGAUUUUUAUGUUGCAGUAUUAGGUAUUGCUGCACAUCUAAUGUGAACAGUCUCACAGGCUGCAGCAGUUUGUAAUCUGCCUGUGAUUUAACAUGCCAAAUGAGGCGUUGAGUGGGGAUGGCAAUUCCAAGAGGCUGUAAAAGCCUUUUUGGGUGAGUGUAGAUAUGUCUUAAUGAAAUCUACUGCCAGUCCAGUUGUAUUUUACUUAGCUUGAAUAGAUAAGUCAAUCCACAGAUUUACUGGCUAUGUGUGCUCUCUAUCCAAGUGCAAGCAAACAAAUGUCACUUUAAAGUGCUCAUAGAGGACAGCAGUAGAGAAGCAGAGAGCUGGGUGUGUCCAAGUGUCCUUAAGUCAAGCACUGAGCCUCUAAAGCAGGUGCUUGCUGAGCACCGUCAAUGGGGUUACGUUUGUAUAUGAGUGAAGAGACAGACGCCAGUCAAAUUUUUUUCUACCUCUACAAGUGGGUGAAUAGAAUAAUGGUACAACCAUCCCAACCUCUGUUCACCUGUCAGCGUGUUAGAGCAAAGAUAGACACCGAGGAGAGGAAUUCAGGGCCCACCUGCAGGGACUUCAGAUGGAUGUAUCACUGUAGACGUUACACUUCCAACCUCCCCCUCCUCCUCCCUCAAUGGCAGAAGUAUUACUGUGUGUUUAGUUGUGGUAAAUGAAGCUAUUUUAAAUAUUGUAAUAAAGAAAAAAUAAAUAAUAUAUGUAUUUUAACAGAUGUUCUCAUUUUUCUCAGUGAGUUUUAUGAUGUUUAAAAAAAAAGCGGAGCUCUUAAAAUAAAAAUAAAGAAAAAAACUGUAGAUGACGUCUAAAUGUUUUAUAAACAAUGAGUUUAGAUUUUGUAUAAGAUGUGAUAUUUUGUGGGAUUUGUCUACACUGUUAUACAACGAGAAAUUGAAUGUACUGUGACCGCCAUAGGCAUAAAACUGAUUGAAUAAUUGCUCAAUUAAUGAAUAAAUAAACUGCCGAAAUU